GAGAGAGAGACCGAUUCAUUCCGACGGUAACGAUAACUUAUUAUUAACGUCAGAGUUGCGAAGUAACCGCGAAGUACGAGGAAAAUGGUGAUUACCGUCCGAGACUCGUCCGAGAUGUCAUCUCUGAAUCGCGUUUGGCGAAGUACGGUAAUUACGAGUACGACGAGCGGCGCGAGAGAAUGUACAGGCCGGACGACGGUAAAUCGUCGGGCGGGCUACGGCACUUCCGUCCAGAGGAGGCUACGGAACCAUGGAUGCUCCCUGAAGUUCAAGAACACUUCGCCCGGUUAAUCUCGCCGACCUGCACGCGAGCGCAUCGGGAACCUACGUUUAAUUUGCAAAGUUCAGCACCACCGGCACUGAAGUGCGACUCCGCGAGGAGGGAGGACGAGAAGCCUACUCGCUUGGGCCUCCAGUCGUCGGUCGACUGGAGCGAGAAUUCGAAGAAACGACGUCAGAAGGUCGAGAGCCCGAAGGAGAGCGGGAGAGCCGGCUCACAGGACGAGUCGCUCCCGGCUCGGAAACACGACGAAGGCGAAACGCGCGAGAGAUCCACCAGGACCUUCGCCCACCGCCGCUACACCGUCGAGACCGCUGCAGAGAUGCAGUUGCGGUCGCGCAUCGAGAGCGAUGCGGUCCGCGACAUCUGGAAUCCUGAGAGGCUCCAGCGGCGCCAGCAAUGCCAGCAACAGGCUCAGCAAUCGGGGGUCGCCCGAGCAGCGCCGAGCGUGCCGUACACCGCCACCACCGCUAACCACCAUCAGCAAUUCUACUGCACCUUGCAGUACCAGCCUCUGAUCUUGAAGACCGAAUACCAAAGACGACCGUUGCAACCGCCGGCGGCAUUGUUGAGCGCCGAAGUGCCGGAGUUUUUCCCAAAAUCGAGCCCGCCGCCGCCGAUUACGCAUCCGAACAGCGAUCAGGAAUGCAGCAAGGCAUCUUGCCAGAUGCGCUACUUCCCGUCGGUGAACGACAGGAAUUAUCAGAGCGAGCUGUUCCCCCACAACCGGUCGCAGCAGGAGAACGCGGCCGUAUUUCCGAAUGCGAGGGUGUCCAUGUUGCCAACGGCGGAGACAAACGUCUUCCGGAUGCCUCAGGAAUGGAUCCAGAGGAUCGUACCGCCGAUGCAGCUGCAGGUAGCGUCCUCCACAUCAUCGCCGCCAAUCUGCACGUCGCUGCAACCGAUCCGCGAUGUCGCGAUCGCCCAUCGUCCCUUCCAGAUGUACGAAAGAUUUCUACCUUACGCCCAGCAUUAUUCGAGUCCGACGGCGAUACCGGUGUACCAACGACCGAGUGAGCUUUACCAAGAGCCGACGUCGAAGCGGAAGAGCCACGGGGUCGACUUCAACAACCUCAUCCUACUGACGAAGAGCAGCUCGAAAACGCGACGUGGUCACAUGAAGGGGAGCGCUCAGCAACCUCCUCUUCUGCUGGAAUCCACGCAGAGAGACCUGAGAUCAGGCCAGAACACGGCGCAGUGGCUCGACAGAGACUGCGCGAGGAGGACGAAGGACGUCGUGACCGUGAAUGCGUUGGUGUCCGAAUUACGCAGCUUCGAGGGAAAAUACGAACACAGCAGAGCUGGCACCAGCUGGGCGACUACCACCGACUCGUCGCCGCAGCACAGGCUGUAUUUCGAAGGCAUGAAAUCGAAGGACGGGAUCUUCGAGAAGGAGGCAUCGCGAUGCAGGCUCGUGGACGCCGAAGAGAGGGACAGGAGAACGAAGCGACCGCUCUACAGGGAUGUCUUGGCGAAUACCACGAGUGGCCAACACGGAAUGGUCCUGGAGAACAUCUUCGAGAGAAAGUACGACGAGCUCGAGCAGCAGGCGAUGGAACAGUAUAGGAACUCGGAGGAAUCGUUGGCGCUGAAAUACCAAGAACUGGAACGUCAGGCAAUGGAGCAGUAUAAAAACGGCAACACGGUGGACGAAAAGCAGGUCGACUCGCGUUCAGCGUCUCAAGAGGACCAGGAUUGUCUCGACGGUCGAAGAUGUUCCCGAUACGGACAGUGUAGUCCUUCGAGGAGAGAUCGGGAGAAGAAAGAUUUUCGCUUCCCGCAAGUCACUCUGCUCAGACCGAAGGGGAGGUCCUUGCCGAAUGUCUUCCAAGGGUCAUCGAUUCCAAAGGGCAGCGACAGCAAUCACCAAAGCGCCGUCAUCUCGAGGAGCUUGUCCACGUUGACCGACAGAUCGUCGAAGAAAUCGAAAAACAUAUCUAAGGGUGCAUCAGGAGAUAAGAUCGACACGAUUUCAGUACAGACAUCAUCGAAGCGGCGUCUGAUACUGGUGUCACCCUUCGAGCGCAAAUCAGAGCCCCGGGUGAUGGAGACGACGGACCUGCGGGAGAUCUGCUCGCUCUCACAGGCAAAGGAGAACGUCUUUGACUAUUACCGGUCUUCCGAAGUCGCUCAGAACGGCAGCGGCGACGAGAGCAUCAUGUUCAUGCAACCACCCAACACGGAAGGUACAAUGGGCAGAUGUCGGUAA